AGCAAUUUGUUACCGUACCAUGCGUUGGCAUCUCUCUGUUAUCCUCCAAACGCGAUUGGACCAGAUUCUGGAGGCAUAGAGGUAUAAAGGUGUAGGACGGGAUGGAAUUGAGAGCCAGUUCCUCCUCUGCGAUGAUUCUCACUACACGUUUCUUAGCCCUCUUCCUCUCACUCGGCUUCCAAGUCGUGCACGCGGCUACUACGGCACAGACCAAGGCCUUCACUUGUGCCAAUGGGCAGACUGUGUCGAACAGUGUUUGCUGUGCGCUGUUCCCCAUCAUUGACGAUCUCCAAGAGAACCUCUUUGAUGGAGGCGAAUGCGGUGAAGAGGUUCACGAGUCUUUACGCCUCACUUUCCACGAUGCUAUUGGAUUUUCUAACGCUUUGCAUUUCACCGGGGGCGCUGACGGAUCUAUCGUUACCUUCGCUGAUGUCGAACUCGGAUUCCACGCCAACAUUGGAAUAGAUGAAAUCGUAGAUACCCAGCUCCCAUUCAUUGCAGCUCACAAUGCAACUUUGAGUACCGGAGAUUUCAUUCAAUUCGCCGGUGCCGUUGGGGUCUCGAACUGCCCGGGUGCUCCUCGUCUUAACUUCCUCUUGGGCCGUCCGGAAGCGAAAGAGGCUUCUCCGGACUUUUUGGUCCCAGAACCUUUCAAUACCACCGACAUGAUCUUGUCCAGAUUUGCGGACGCUGGUUUUGAUUCUGAUGAGAUCGUUGCACUACUUGUUUCGCAUUCGAUCGCCGCUGCAGAUCAUGUGGACCCUACUAUUCCUGGGACGCCAUUUGACUCGACACCGGAGAUAAUGGACAGUCAAUUUUUCAUUGAAGUUCAAUUGCGUGGUACACUCUUCCCCGGAACGGCUGGAAACCAAGGAGAGGUAGAAUCGGACGUUGAGGGUGAAAUGCGUCUGCAGUCGGAUUCUGAGCUGGCCAGAGACCCCAGGACUGCGUGCGAGUGGCAAUCAUUGAUGACCGAUCACACAAAGUUACAGCAGGUAUUCAAGGCUGCAAUGCUCAAGCUAUCUAUCCUGGGACAUAACGAGAAUGACCUUGUCGAUUGCUCUGACGUUAUUCCUAUUCCACCUCCCUUGCCGAGCAAUGCGGGACCCCACUUGCCACCCAACACAACUCUCAAGGAUAUACAGGCUGCCUGCGCCGCUACGCCUUUCCCUCAUCUUACUGCGUUACCGGGACCAUCCACUUCCAUUUCGCCUGUGCCUCCUUCUUGAAAGUUGGUUGUCUUGUUUCAAAUGAUCUAUGCACGUCGUCUCGGGUAGUUAAAUGUGAAAUUCGGAAUAAGAUUUACUUCAGUUACAAAUCCAAGUAGCGAAUAGUGUCCAGCAACGGCAAAAAUAGUGAUCAGCGGAUAUCACCAUGACAUAU